AUGACUUAUGAAGUUCCCACAGUAAGAGGUCGCAAAGGGGCUCUCGCUUACACAUUUUCAAAGGCAGAAGUGGCGGAUGUGGCGGAGGUGGCGAAGCUGCACGCAGGGCGGGGACAGGAGGAAGCUGUUGCGGAAAUGUGGGAGGGGAGCUGCUUCCGCACUCUAACCUCCCUCGUUGUCCCCCCUUCUUUCCCCCACCCAUCCCCCUCUCUUUUCCCUGCCCUUUCCCCUCCGCGCGCGCACAGUCGGUUCCUCCAAGGCGCGGAGACGGACAAGGCGGAGAUCGCGAAGCUGCGCGCGGCAGUGGCGGCGGGGGAGAGCUGGUGCGGGCGGCUGCUCAACUACAAGAAGGACGGGUCGCCCUUCUGGAACCUUCUCACCGUGUCGCCCGUUAAGGACGACAAUGGGACGGUCGUUAAGUUUAUCGGCAUGCAAGUGGAGGUGACCAAAUACACGGAGGGCGCUAAGGACAAAGAGACCCGCCCCAACGCUCUGCCCGUCUCUCUUAUCAAAUAUGAUGCGGAGAGCACAGUGUCUGAGCUAGUGGCGGAGGUGGGGAACAAGCCCCUCCCCUUACUCACCUUUACUCCCCCCUCUCCGUCUUCUCCUCCCCAUCCAACCCCACACACGCUCCCUUCCGCAGCCCGCCAGAGGGAGGAGGCGGAGGGCACGGUGUCUGAGCUAGUGGCGGAGUCCGCCAGAGGGAGGAGGCGGAGAGCACAGGGUCUGAGCUAUUGGCAGAGGUGGGGAACAAGUCCCUUCCCCUCCCCUUGUUGUCCACCCCUCACCUUCCCUUCUUUCCUCCUUUCUCUCAACUCUCUUCCGUCCGCAGCCCGCCAGAGGGAGGAGGCGGAGAGCACGGUGUCUGAACUAGUGGCGGAGGUGGGCAACAAGUCGCUGCAGGCGGAAGGGGGGGGGGAGGCGGAGGGCGGAGCGCAAGCCCCCAAGGCGGAGGGGGAAGGGUCGGGGGGAGCUGCGGUGGGCGCGGAUGGCAAGGGCAGUGAGAGGCGCAAAUCCGGACUCUUGUCUCUGCUGUCCAAGAAGGAGCGGUCGGAGCCGGCAAUGGAGGCGGUGGAGGAGGAGGACGAGGGCGACCACAAGGCGAGGAGGGGGCUUGACCUGGCGACCACGCUGGAGCGAAUCCAGAAGAACUUUGUCAUCACGGACCCGCGCCUGCCUGAGAAUCCUAUUAUCUUUGCGUCAGACGAUUUCCUUGAGCUCACGGAGUACUCCCGAGAGGAGAUCCUGGGGCGCAACUGCAGGUUCCUGCAAGGACCAGACACGGAUCCCAAGACGGUGCAGAGGAUUCGAGAUGCCAUCAAGAAGGAGGAGGAUAUCACGGUGCAGCUGCUCAACUACACCAAGUCGGGCAAGCAGUUUUGGAAUCUCUUCCAUCUGCAGGCCGUGCGCGACAACAAGGGCAUGCUGCAGUACUUCAUAGGAGUGCAGCUGGACGCAUCUCAGUAUGUUGAUCCUUCAAUCCACGGGCUCCAGGAGAAGCUAGCAACCGAGGGAGAGAAGAUUGUGUUGGAAGCAGCCAACAAUGUGGAGGGAGCAGUCAGAGAGCUUGCCGACCCUGGUGCUGCCGCUGGGGACCUGUGGGCCGUGCACACGGCGCCAGUGGCAAUCAAGCCGCACAAGACUGGUGACCCUGCAUGGCAGGCCAUUCAGGAGGUGAUCAAGAAGGACGGGAAGCUCAGCCUGAAGCACUUCCGACCAAUCAAGCCUCUGGGCGCUGGAGACACGGGCAGUGUGCAUCUGGUGGAGCUGAGGGACACGGCCCGUCUGUUCGCAAUGAAGGCGAUGGACAAGGAGGUGAUGGUGAAUCGCAACAAGGUGCACCGCGCCUGCACCGAGAGGGACAUUCUGGGCCGCAUCGACUUCCCCUUCCUGCCCACGCUCUACGCCUCCUUCCAGACCGCCACGCACGUGUGUCUGAUCACGGAGUUUUGCGCGGGGGGCGAGCUGUAUGGCAUUCUGGAGAAGCAGAAGGGCAAGCGCCUGCCCGAGGCUGCUGCACGCUUCUUCGUCGCUGAAGUGCUGCUGGCACUGGAGUACCUGCACUGCCAAGGAGUGGUGUACCGUGAUUUGAAGCCCGAGAACGUGCUGGUUCAGGAGUCGGGCCAUGCCAUGCUCACCGAUUUCGAUCUCUCCUUCAGCACCGAGUGCAAACCCAAGCUGGAGUCCCCCCCUGUGCCUCCGGAUUUCGAGAAGCGCAAGAAGAAGGCGGCGCAGGUGGGGUGCGGAGGCGCCACCAAGGGCCCGUCUCCUACCGAGCUGGAGCUGGAGCUGCUGCCCGUGCUCGUGGCCGAGCCAGAGGCAACGAGCAACAGCUUUGUGGGCACGGAGGAGUACAUUGCCCCGGAGAUCAUCAGCGGUACCGGGCACAGCAGCCCUGUCGACUGGUGGACCUUCGGAAUCUUCCUGUACGAGCUGUUGUACGGACGCAGUCCCUUCCGCGGGCGCAAUCGCCAGCGCACCUUCACCAACGUGCUCACCAAGGACCUCGCCUUCCCCGCUAACCCGCCGGUAUCGGAUGAGGCCAAGGACCUGAUGCGCAAGCUGCUGCAGAGGGACCCGGCGGACCGCCUGGGGGCGAAGCACGGCGCCAUUGAGAUCCGAUCACACCCCUUCUUCAAGUCCAUUGAGUGGCCUCUCAUUCGCGACAUGAAGCCCCCGCAGCUGGAUGUGCCUGUGAAGGCGAUUUCAGCGGAGGCAGAGGAGGGAAGGCCAUCGACAGCAGAGGAGGAGAUGGACUGGGAUGAGAAUGAGGCCAGGCCGUCCACUUCACUUGACUACGGCUACUGA